UCGGAACCACUUUACCUCUGGGAUUUAAAAAAAGAAAAAGAAAAAGAUCGUGGCUUUUGAGCAUGGUUGUGGUCAGGCACAUCGGUAUUAUAAGAAAUGUAGCUCAAGCAAACCCCAAAGCCACGAUAUUCUCUUUUUUUUUUUAAUCCCAGGAGGAAAGAAUGCUGUUCCCUGUCUUUGAAAGAAGACAAGGAUUGCAUUUUCCCCACAGAAAUCAAAACAUGCAGCAGCUGGAAACCGAGGCAAGACAGUGCCUUACUUGUGAGCAGUGUAGCACAGAAGACCAGGGAGGGAAGGGCUAGUGCAGUGAUGGCCAGCCUUUUCUGGACCAAGUGGCCAAAGUGUGUGACUGAACACCCAAAACGCAAUGUGUGUGCAGCCCUUGCGCAUGUCACAUGCAUGCUCCUGCAUGCUCCCCGUGCCCCACGCAUGCGGCCCCCCUCGCACACACCUCGCCACCCUGCAUGCAAAUGUGGCUCCCCGCCCAUGCCCUGGCCCCCGCACAUGCACUGUAGAGACCCAAAGAUCAGCUGGCCGCCAGGAGACACGUGCGCAUCCACGGCAGAGCUGAACUGGGGCAAUGGCUCACGUGCCUCCAGAGACGGUGCUGCAUGCCACCUCUGGCAUACGUGCCAUAGGUUCGCCAUCACGGGGAGCCAACUCAGAAAACUCAAACUGCCCAAGGAGCUGCUGAUCCAGUUCUACAGAGGAAUUAUUGAGUCUGUCAUCUGCACCUCUAUAACUGUCUGGUUUGGUUCUGCAACCCAACAAGACAAACACAGACUUCAGAGGAUAAUUAGAACUGCAGAAAAAACAAUUUCUACCAACCUGCUUUCCAUUGAGGACCUGUAUACUGCACGAGUCAAAAAGACAGCUGUGAAAAUAUUUACAGAUCCCUCACAUCCUGGACAUAAACUGUUUCAGCUCCUACCCUCAAAAUGACACUAUAGAGCACUGCACAACAGAACAACUAGACACAAGAACAGUUUUUUCCCCGAAUGCCAUAACUCUGCUAAACAAAUAAGUCACUCAACACUGUCAAACUAUUUACUAAGUCUGUACUACAAUUAAUCUUCUCAUCGUUCCCAUUACCCAUUUCCUUUCACUUAUGACUGUAUGAACAUAACUUUGUUGCUUGUAUUCUUAUGAUUUAUAUUGAUAUUGUUUCCUGAUUGCUUAUUUGUACCCUAUGACUAUCAUUAAGUGUUGUACCUUAUGAUUCUUGAUGAAUGUAUCUUUUCUUUUAUGUGCGCUGAGAGCAUAUGCACCAAGACAAAUUCCUUGUGUGUCCAAUCACACUUGGCCAAUAAAAAAAUUCUAUUCUA